CCGGUCUGGGAUGUUGUUGCAGGUGUUCCGUCGGCCCUGGCCUGGUAUCAUGCGCACCGUGUACGGAAACCAGGAGCGGUUUGAGAGCACCUACUUCAAGAAGUUCCCAGGUUUCUAUGUGACCGGGGAUGGCUGCAGGAGGGAUAAAGAUGGAUACUACUGGAUCGCAGGCAGGAUAGAUGACAUGAUCAACGUAUCAGGUCACCUGUUGAGUACAGCGGAGGUAGAGGCAUCUCUAACAGACCACGGAGCGGUGGCCGAGGCUGCAGUGGUCAGCAGACCCCACGCGGUCAAGGGGGAGUGUCUCUACUGUUUCGUUACUCUGAAGGACUGCAGAGAGUUCAACCGCACUCUGGUGGACGAACUCAAGAGACAAGUGAGGGAGAAGAUUGGUCCGAUCGCAACCCCAGACUUCAUCCAGAACGCUCCUGGACUUCCUAAAACACGAUCUGGUAAGAUCAUGAGGCGGGUCCUGAGGCAGAUCGCCCGGAACGAGAAGGAUCUAGGUGACCUUUCAACUAUGGCUGACCCCAAGGUCGUGGAGGUCCUGUUCAACCACCGCUGUGAAACGGCCUCUUGAGGGGGCUGCAUGUCAACACACUACAGUAGCUUCCUCUCCUCGACACCUCAUCUCCUCUCCUCGUCUCCUCAUUUCCUCUCCAUCAUCAACACCGAUCUGAAAACUAUGGAAGCUCAUUCCUGCCACCAACUCUUUAAAAAAAAAAAAAAGAAGUUUUAAAAAAUAA